AUGUCUUGGAUUCGACGUCUUGCCCUCCCGGUUCUCCUGGCCGGCGCCGCACUCCCUACGGUGGCCGAUGACACCGUCCCCCAAGCCGUCACUCAAGAGGCCCUGCCCAAUACGUACAUUGUCGAGCUUGAAGAUGGCGAGGCCACCAAAACCUACCUCGACGCCCUCCGUGCCGAGCCUGGCGUGGACGAGGUCAUGGAGCGUUUCGCCUACAGCCCCGACCUCUUCAAUGCCGUCUCCUUCGAGGUCAAGGGCAGCCUCACCGCCACCCCCGACACCCUGCGCCGCCGCAUGGAAGGUCUCCCCGAGCUCAGGGUCCGACACAUCUGGCCCGUCGAAGCCGUGCCGGCGCCCACGUACCCAGGCGAGCUAUUCAACGUCAGCUCCCUGGCGGCCAACGCCCGUCGCGCUGCAGAGGUAUUCCCGCCGCAUGAGAUGAUUCAGGUUGACAAGCUCCAUGAGCUCGGCUACGCCGGCAAUGGUACGCGCAUCGGUGUUGUGGACUCGGGCGUCGACUGGCGGCACCCGGCGCUGGGUGGCUGCUUCGGCCCCGGGUGCUUGGUUGAGUACGGAUAUGACUUCGUCGGCGAUAAUUUCAAUGGUACUCCGGCCACGCUCGCCCCUGACGAUGACCCCUGGGAGGAGUGUAACGGCCACGGCACCCUCGUCUCGGGCGUCAUCGCCGCCCAGCAUAAUGCCCUGGGCUUCAUCGGCGCGGCCCCGGGCGUGCGUCUCGGCGUCUACCGCACCUUUAGCUGUGCGGGCGCCAGUACCGCGAACGUCAUGAUCGCUGCCAUCAUCCGCGCCGCCGAGGAUGAUGUUGCUGACUUCGGGAAGGGCUCCGACAUCAUCACCAUGAGCGUCGGCCACCACAGCGGUUGGGCCGGCACGCCCCUGGCCGAGGCCAUGUCCCGUGUCUCCAAGCGGACUGGAAUCCCCUGCGUCGCUGCGGCCGGCAACAGCGAAGGCCGCGGCUACAGCCAAUCGCGGCACACCCGUCUUCAUGCGCCCGCUAGGGCGAGGAAUCGGUGCUGCGACUGA